AUGGGAAAGAGGAAGUCAAAGGAAAAGCCACCACCUAAGAAGAGAAUGGACAAGCUGGACACUUUGUUCCCUUCUGCAAUCAUGGAACAAGUGUCGAGUGCCGCAUGUAAGGAUGAUAUGAAGAACAUGAUCGGUGAAGCUUCGUGUGGUAUCUGUCAAGAGAGUUUCAGCACCACUAUCACAGCUUUGACUGAGCCGAUUGAUGUAUACAGCGAAUGGAUUGAUGAGUGUGAACGAGUCAACAAUCCUGACGAUGAUGGUGCCUGAAGGGCAGGCAAGUACUACUGCUGGAACUAUGUUUGGCUUUCACCAAGGGCAGAAGGCAUUUGAACCUUGCUUGCUAGGGCCUGAAUAUUUUGUUGUGGUGGUAGCUCUUUGCUGGCAUAGGGAUGCAGAUGAAUAUGCAUUAUGGGUAGGCUCUCAUUUUGUGUCAUAAAUGCUUAUAAGAUAGCAGUUAGGGAACUGUUAAAUGCGG